GGCGCUGCAGAUGGAGCCUGAGCAGAGGGUCCCAGGGCGUCUAAACUGCCAGCAGGCAUCUGUGUCCCUGUAGCUGCAUCCCACCCCAGUCCAUGAAAUCCCCCCAAAGACGAGACUAUUAGUACAAACCAAAACACAACCAGGAGGACAAGAACAUCUGUGACAUCCCUGCCCUGAACGGGAAUUGCUUUCCUGCAGGUGCUGUGUGGUCCCUGCCAGCCCUGGCAUCUCAUGUAGCUCUGUGGGCCUGGAUGUGACCAUUCCAUAGAGUACCUGCCCCAGAUUCUGUAAGGCAACGUGGGGCUGAACAUGAGACAGCUGCCAGUGUAAUCAGUGGAGAUGUAGGAAAUACAGCUGAUGGAGAAGAGAGAGACUGAGCUCUCCCUGUGGCCCAGGGGACAGUUGUUCAGCUGAAUCACUCUGUGAGCUGCCCUGAACACAAUGAGUUCAGCUGCCCUUAAUUUGGGUAUCAGCUGUCAUUUCAGAUGGCCAAAGGAACUUCCCAGCAGCCUCCAAGAGGAUGCCCCCAGAUGUUGGCCUGUCUCUAUGAACUGCUCCAUUGGCAUUUGCAGCUAGGACCACCUCUGGCACCUCAGAUGUCACCAGGUAUUUGCAUCUCCCUCCCAGCCUCCCUCUGCAUUGAUUAGCAUGGGAGCAGAGACAAGGAGCUCACAUGCCGGUGCCUAUUUUGUGCACACCUGAAGCGAGGCAAGAGGAGAGGAAUCCCAGCUCCUGUGGGUUUGUGGCAGUCGUCACAGGAGGGAGCGGAGUCCCCUUCCAGCACCAGGACUGCACAGCCUGAAGGAGAUGCCUCGAUUGACUCAGCUGUACCUGUUCCCUCAGAGGGGUAAAGGGGAUCCCUCCCUGUCCCUGUCCAGGUGUCCUGUCUCAUGGUGGAACAAAGGAAGGUGAUUCUCAUGGCCAACUCUUUUUCUGAUAGAAGAAAGGACAGUGCUGGCAAUAAGUGUCUCUCCCCAGCUGAGGGAGAGAACAGCAGUGAUUUGUUCCAUCUCUUUCCCAGCAGCUUCCCCUGGAGCCCCAGGGACCCCCGGAGGGAGCCCAGAGGGGGCAGAGAAAGUGCUGCCUUGGGCUGGUCCUCUGCUGCUGAGCUGUGCCGGGCUCCUGGGACGGAGGGAGCUCAUGAUCCCCAUGCCCAGAGGGACCAAAUGUCCAACAGCAGCUCCAUCACCCAGUUCCUCCUCCUGGCAUUCGCAGACACACGGGAGCUGCAGCUCUUGCACUUUGGGCUCUUCCUGGGCAUCUACCUGGCUGCCCUCCUGGGCAACGGCCUCAUCAUCACCGCCAUAGCCUGCGACCACCACCUCCACACCCCCAUGUACUUCUUCCUUCUCAACCUCUCCCUCCUCGACCUUGGCUGCAUUUCCAGCAUUCUCCCCAAAGUCAUGGCCAACUCUCUCUGGGACACCAGGGCCAUCUCCUACUUGGGAUGUGCUGCCCAGGCCUUUCUGCUUGUCUUUUUCAUUUCAGCAGAGUGUUUUCUUCUCACCGUCAUGGCCUAUGACCGCUACAUUGCCAUCUGCAAACCCCUGCACUACGGGACCCUCCUGGGCAGCAGAGCUUGUGUCCACAUGGCAGCAGCUGCCUGGGGCAGUGGUUGUUUCUAUGCUUUGCUGCACACUGCCAAUACAUUCUCAAUCCCUCUCUGCCAAGGCCAUGCUGUAGACCAGGUCUUCUGUGAAAUCCCCCAGAUCCUCAAGCUCGCCUGCUCAGAUGCCUACCUCAGGGAAUUUCAACUUCUCGUGUUUAGUGCUUUUGUCUUUUGGGGGUGUUUUGUUUUCAUCGUGCUGUCCUAUGUGCAGAUCUUCAGGGCGGUGCUGAGGAUCCCCUCUGAGCAGGGACGGCACAAAGCCUUUUCCACCUGCCUCCCUCACCUGGCCGUGGUCUCCCUGUUUCUCAGCACUGCCACAUUUGCCUACCUGAAGCCCCCUUCCAUCUCAUCCUCAUCCCUGGAUCUGGUGAUAGCAGUUCUGUACUCAGUCGUGCCUCCAGCAGUGAACCCCCUCAUCUACAGCAUGAGGAACCAGGACCUCAAGGAUGCAGUGUGGAAAUGGAUGACGGAAUUUUUCCAGAAGCUGUUGUGUCCAUCUUCUUCAGCAUAUGACUCGUAAUGUAACUUAUUACAGGCCCAGCCUUUCUUUAUUAGUUUUAGUUGUUGUCGUUAUUGGGUGAGGUUUUUUCUUCUCUCGCUUUUCAUUCUUGUGAUAAUGUUGUCCACAAAGACAUGUGGACACCCCACUUUUACUUCAUCAUCUACCUCCCUCGUGUGACCCAGCGACUGUGUGAACAAGGAGCUAUACUCCUUCUUUAAUUAAACAAAAUGAAGGUACUUGCAGUGACUCUCUAGUUAGAGAAGAGGUUAUAGCAGCAUUCUCCAAGUGAUAAUGAUCCAGAGUGUCUCCUCAGGAGGUCUGAACAGGUAGAAGAAGCAGUGCCUUGAGGUCUGACUGUGUAUGGACAACCUUGCUCCUCACCUCCCCAAUGCCACCAUUUUUCUCAUCAGCCCUCUGGGACUUACCUCACUUUUCCUUGCAUCAGAACUCUCCACUGAAGUCUGCAGCUGGGUGUUACAGAUCCUUCGCACCAUCUUCCACCUGCUCUCCUUAGAGAACUCGCUGCCCACAGGCACAGAAGGAUUCUUCCUCUUUGCAAGCAAAGAACAGUAAAGCAUGGUCAAGUUUCAUAAACAAUAAAACACAUUCCGCAAGCAUAUGCUAAGUACAGCCGGCUCCUAAGGAGGUUGCCUUUCUACAAGGGAUAAUCUUAUGAGAAAUAUUUUAGGCAGGUAGAUACAGAAAGACAGAUAUAAACAUAAUUAAAGAGUUGGCUAAGGAGACAAUUAGACUGUUGAAGGACAGGUAAGCUUUUAGUGUCUGAAGCUCAAAACAGCAGCAUAGGUGAGAGGUAUCUAAAUGACCAAAGAUUAAAGGGAGGGGAAAAUUGGAGAAGAGUGGAAAGAGCCUUUGCCCAGACCAUCUGCUGAAAAGAUGAUGUUAGAAAUGGUCAUUCUGUCCUGGACAGGGGAAAAUAUAUGAAAAAGAUUAGAGACAUUAAGCAUGUGGUAUAACAGGCAGAAUGGUGGUAGUGAAGUUACAGGGGAAAAUGGGUUUUUCUUUGGAAUAUCCCUUUUGAAAGGUCGUUGGAUUGGCAGAGGUCACUUGUGAGAGAGGAAAAGCAAA